CGCAAGCAAACACACAGACUGAACAUAUGUCAAAGAUAAAUGCGGAGCACUGUUAUGAAGAGUGUACAAACUCCUAAUUUACUGCCAAUUUUGGCUCUGGCCAGUUUCUUCAUCAGGUUAGGAGGGUCGAUCUCUAUUCGCCCAGUCCUGACUGGUCCAGUCAUGGCCUACCUCGGCUCCAGGGUGGCUUUACGCUGCAUUGCACCUGAUUCCUCUCUGCCAGUCACAUACGAGCUGAUGGGGGUGAUGGAGUCCUGAUGGCCACCGUCGCUGAUCUCAAAGGGGAACAACCUGCAUCAUUCUACCUGAAGGUUACUGUAGCAUUAGAGGGGUCGUACCGCUGCAGGGCGACGACAGGAGGAAGCACAGCAGUCAGCAACAGCAUCAAGCUGACUGUAGUCACUCCAGCAUCAAACACCAGAGUGACCUCUGAACCGUAUCCCCCAGUCGCCUACGAGGGCUCCUGUAUUGAACUGAGCUGCAGCGCCACAAAGGGCUCCCACCUCUCCUACACCUGGUUUUUCAACAGAAAGGAAGUAACUUCUUCAACCUCUCCUCUCUUUCACCACACUGGGAACAAGCUAGUGAUGGGGAAGGUGACUCCAGAGCAUGCUGGGUACUACUCUUGCAUGGCUUGGUCCACUGUGCAGGACACCAGGAGGUUCUCAAGCAGCUUUGAGGUCAAAGUGACAGUCAAAGUCUAUGUUUCAAAACCAAGGAUCUCUUUCUCCAUCUCAAAUCCGGGAGCUAGUCCCAGUGGCAACGUGACCUGCUGGUCAACAAGAGGGAGUCCUCCGGUCAACAUCUCUCUUCUACUGGAUGACAAAGAAGUGGGAUCAGUCACAGCUACUGAAUCCCUUGCUGCGUGGUUCUCCGUCGCUGUGGUGCUGGGGCUGGACAUGGGCACUCUUCGAUGUCGGGUGAAUACUGAGGUGCAGAAGCUGAUGAGUGAGCCUCUGACUCUGGAAGUGGUCCCAGUCGGAGGUGAUGUGAAAGUCGAGGUUGAAUAUCUCUACAGAGCUGACUCCAAACUGACCGCUGCCAGGCUGAGCUGUGGAGUCAGCAGAGGAACUUUCCCUGAAUACUCCUGGCUCUUGAACGACUCUGUCCUCCCCCCUGAGACUCACAGGGACUCCCAUAUUCAGCCCGACCCGCCUCACUAUGCCCUAACUGACCAUAGACGGAUCCUCGUUCUGCUUAAGGUUGGACCAGAGGAGUCUGGGUAUUACCGCUGCAGGGCCAGGGACAGCUACAAUGACUCGGGGUACUGGGUGGAGAGUGAGGCCGUGCAGGUCCAAGUCACAGGGUUGUUUUGCUGUACCAAGGAGAGCAGUCAGUCAAUCCUGGGGCGUCCAGAGCUUAUGGGCCCUUCAGUGGCUUUGGUGAAAAGCAUUGCUGAUUUUCAUUGUAAACUGGAAAUCUAUCCGAAGAAUGUAAUGAUCCUGCUGGAGUUAUAUAAGGAGGGUGACCGUGGCAAGGUGUUGGGCUGGUACACCUCCCUGAAUGGGGAGGUUGCAAACUUCCCCAUUGUAGUUCAACCUAACCAUGAGGGCAACCUGGAGUGUGUGGCCAAGGCUCAGAACAACUCUGACAUAGAGCCCACUGUCAGCUACACUCAGUACCUGAAGGUCCUCGAACCGGUGAAAGAGGCAGAGAUUGUUGUCCAUUCAGGUCCAGAGGAGUUUUUUGAGGGGAAGACACUGGAGCUUUACUGUAAGCUCAGCGCUGGAAAUCAUGUCUCCUACACGUGGCUGCUGAACGGUCGGCUUGUCUCUCCGUCUCGUCUCCCCUAUGUUGUUGAUGACCAUCUCUUGAUCUACAGAACUACAUCUGAAGACAGUGGCUCCUACAUGUGUAUUGCCACCAACCACUUAAACGAAACAGAUGUCUUCUCCAGCAACAGCCCUGAAGUGUUAAUCACAGUCAAAGACCUCGUGUCAAUCCCUUACAUCUCCUUCACCGUGUUAAAGGAAGAUUCCCACAACUAUUCUGCCGUGGUCGCCUGUCAGACCGCAAAAGGGUCUCCACCUGUCACCUUUUCGCUAUACAACAGGACAGAAUUGGUUGCCAAUACGACGGUUGAUGAUAGAAACGCCACAUUUAAGCUUCCAUUGGUCUUGGACCGGCCAAUGGGAUGGCUCCAGUGCCAGGCAAACAAUGGAGACCGGAUUGAGUACAGUCAAUGGAUUCCCCUAGAAGUGGUCCCGGUUGGAGGGCCAGUGACGAUGCAUUACGACUAUGACAUUGGAGAAAACUAUGCUGUGAUUGACCUGAGGUUCUACUGCAAGGCACCGAAGGGAUCUUUUCCACGGUACCAGUGGUUCCUCAACAAAACCCUCCUGCAUGGUCGAGGAAGCUUCUACUACGUGGUCAACCAGCAUCCAGGAGAGUCCAUACUCAUGCUGUCUGUUGGGAGGAGCAGUGCUGGAACGUACCAUUGUGAAGUGUCCGACAGCUUUGACAAUGCCACCACCAUAAGCAGCAAAAGGCUGUACAUGGAUAAAGAAGUGCUAAAUCGUCUCCCUGUCUUGGUGGUGGCAGUUGUCUUUGGAUGUUUCACAGCCCUGGUUGUCCUGGUCUCCAUUUGUUGCUGCAAUGGAGUGAUAUACAGGCGAAGGCAGUACGGAGAGAAGACUCCGUUGAGCUUUGAGAUGGAGGGAAUGAGGACUGCAUAUGAGGACGAGCUGGAUUUGUCAGAGUACAAUGAGGAUACUGAUGUAUUGAACACAGCCAGUGGUGCUGAAUUUGAUCAGGCAUCUGAAGCCUCUGUAGAUGAAUGGCCCCAAAUUGAGAAGGAGAAGAAGACGUUGGAGGAUGAACCAGUUGAUGGACCCUGAGGGUUCAAACUGUUAUAAACAGAGUGCUGGUUAAAUAAACAUUGGUUCAUAAUG